UCCUUAUACAAGUUAUUGGUGCUGGGCGUUCCGUGAAGAGUGGUCGCAAAAGGUGUGGCAUAGCCGUGUAUAAACCAAUAAUGGUGUCUACAGCAUUUAUGCUUUUAACGGUGUCAACACUAGCUGUCCACGGGAAAUAUGUGUCCAAAGUUGAUCCGGACACACAACACGGAUGCAAUGGAAAGACUUUCUGUGACAUAAAGCCAGCUGACUAUCCGGAGCAGGCGAUCGAUCGACUUCUCAUUAAAGAAUUGCCUAAGCUUCAUCGAAGAAAAAGAGAGUUGGCGACAGAAAUGCCAAAAAUUGAAUCCGGGAGCAUUGGUGGCAAUUGUGUAACGGUUACGGAGAUAAAGACUCCAUAUGAGCUGAGAAAUGAAGGCCAGGUUCCGCAAAUCGUCGUGCAAUCAAAGUUUUUCGAGCAACAGAUACCCUACGUGACGUGUCAAAGCACAAACCAAACUUGCUUCAAAGACUUAUUACUACAAGACACGACGACAAUGUGCAGGCAAAAGUUCAUCCACACCAAGUUAUUCAUAUACGAUACACAAAAUAAUAAAGUAGAGGCAAUUGACGGCCAAAUUCCUAUAGACUGUGUGUGUGAAACAGUUUAAUUAUUCAUACAU